CUGGAGCUUCAAUCUUUAAUCUUUCCAACCUCGAACUUUCAAUCCAUGCAUGCUCUUUGUGUGUUGUGAAGCAAAGCACCGCCACAACACUACCACCACCAUUGCAGUAUCUUAUCUUCUUCAUUAUACCAAGACGACGACAUUCGCUUGCUAGCUGUGAUGUCACAAUGGCGACCGCAGACCCUUUCGAAGUGCGCAUGCGCUUCAGUUCUCAACUGCAACAUAUGAAUGCUAGCACAACGUCAGCCCAGAAAGCCGCGCAGUAUGCUCUCAAGUACAAAGACAUGGAUGAGGAUCUUCAUUCAUGUAUCCUAGAGCAGCUGGAGAAGACCAGCAUGAACACACGCGCCAAUAUCAUGUAUUUCGUCGAACAUCUACUUGAGAUGUCCUCUAAAGAUCGCCAAAACGAAUAUGUUCGUAUGAUGCAGCGUGACCUCAUUCGAGUUGUCGACGCUGUUUGUCCUGAGGAUGGAUCAGGCGCUGCCAAUGUCAAGGUUGUCCGAAAGGUCCUUCAAGGCCUCAUGAACAAGUCCAUCUUACUUGAGCAGCACGUAACAGAGAUCGAAGCCUGUCUCAAAGAACGCGACACCUCCGCCGACACCGGUUUUUCUUCUCCUGCCAACGGUGACAAUGGCCCCAGCUCGCAUAAUGGCAACAGCGUGAACAGCUCCAACCGCCUCGAUAAGCGCCAGAUUGAACAACGCAUCGAAGAAGACCGCGAACGCCACAAGCGUAUGCGCGAGAGCAUGUGGGCUGUCCCACCCUCCAUAGAAGAAGAGGCGGCAAAGCUGUACGAGGAGACUAGCGAGCUAGGUGAGGAUGAUCACAUCCUUGGUAUUGAAGAACGUGAGCAGUUCCUCGAUGAGAUGGACAUGGAUAAAUGCCACCACUCACGAGGUAGAGCUGCUGCUACAAACGGAACCUCGUUGCAUUAGGAUGCGCCACUUCCGUCGCCACCUUCGUCGCCGCCCUCGCUAGUAUACUCGCUGCGAACUCUGAAAUCGCGUACAAAAAUGAGACGAUAUUUAGAACUAAGUCAAGCUCGUGAGCGGGACUUGGCUAUCUCCAGAUGGUUUGACUCAAUGGUAGAGCCAAUGGAGGACCCGAUGAAAGGCCCGGUGGAAAAGCCAUCCGAAGAGUCAAUGGAAGAGGAAGGAUAAGAUCAGGAAAGAGAACAUGGCCUGUGAUGCAUUGCGCGGCGUUUUAGGGUUAGGAAAAUCAAGAUAGGUAAUGAAUCUGGUUUCUGCUUUCUAUGAGAGGCUGGCGUUAAUAUUGGAGAGGCUGUUUUACUUUGCCGCUAUAAUGGCAUUUAGGGGUAAAUUUUUGCAGACUCUCAUGGCUAGGUACUUUAAUACCCUGCAUCUGUACCGUACCCUGUGUAGGUAGUCAGAUAGACUAUCUUAAUGAUACCCUGAAUUACAACAGUAUAACAUCAUUUAGUAAGACUCGUAUGCUGUGACAACUCUUUGUUCUUGUUCUCGUUUCCAGA